GCUGAAGCCCGGGUGGUCUAUAAAAGGUGCGGCAGGCUGGGGUGCGCACCCCAAAGAGGGAACUGUCGUUGCUGAUCAUCGAACGGUUAAGUCGCCCCCUACCUGGCAUCUCAGAGUUUAGCGGAGCUCACAGCGCCGUGGACAUGGAGCCCGAGCCCGAGGCGGAGCAGGUCACGCUCCUGGUGAAGAGCCCCAACCAACGUCACCGCGACUUGGAGCUGACCGGAGACCGCAGCUGGAGCGUGGGCUGCCUCAAGGCCCACCUGAGCCGCGUCUACCCCGAGCGCCCGCGUCCAGAAGACCAGAGGUUAAUUUAUUCUGGAAAGCUGUUGUCAGAUCACCAGUGUCUCAGGGACAUUCUUCCGAAGGAAAAACGGCACGUUUUGCAUCUGGUAUGCAACGUAAAGAUGCCCUCCAAAGUGCCUGAAGCUGGCGUGAAGGUUGCUGAAUCCACAGAGCAGCCCCGUGGACCUAAUCAGGGACAAUAUCAUGGGGAUUCCUCAAGUGAUGGUUUAAGGCAAAGGGAAGUUCCUCAGAACCUUUCUCCGUCUGGAUGGGAAAGCGUCUCACGACCGGAAGCUGUCCAGCAGGCAUUCCAAGGCCUGGGUUUCUCUGGCUACACAACCUACGGGUGGCUACAGCUCUCCUGGUUCCAGCAGAUCUAUGCACGGCAGUACUACAUGCAGUAUUUAGCUGCCACUGCAGCAUCAGGAGCUUUUGUCCCGUCAGCAAGUGCCCAAGAGAUACCUGUGGUUUCUACACCUGCACCAGCCCCAAUUCACAACCAGUUUCCUGCUGAAAACCAGCCAGCCAAUCAAAAUGCAGCUCCUCAAGUGGUGGUUAAUCCUGGAGCCAAUCAAAAUUUGCGGAUGAAUGCACAAGGUGGCCCUCUUGUGGAAGAAGAUGAUGAGAUUAAUCGAGAUUGGUUGGACUGGACCUAUUCAGCAGCUACAUUUUCUGUUUUUCUCAGUAUACUCUACUUCUACUCCUCCCUGAGCAGAUUCCUCAUGGUCAUGGGGGCCACCGUUGUCAUGUACCUGCACCACGUUGGGUGGUUUCCGUUCAGACAGAGGCCCGUUCAGAACCUCCCCCGUGAUGGUCCUCCUCAGGAAGCUGUGAAUCAGGACCCGAACAACAACUCACAGGAAGGCACUGACUCUGAAAUGGAAGACCCCAACCGCCUCCCGCAAGACCGGGAUGCGCUGGCUGCCGAGCAGAGCAGCCCUUCGUUUGUGAGCACAGCAUGGCUCGUCUUCAAGACUUUCUUUGCCUCUCUCCUUCCGGAAGGCCCUCCAGCCAUAGCAAACUGACAGCACUUGUGCUCUGGAGGCUAGAGGCUUUGAGGAGCGUGGACUGAUGUCUAACCAGCUGGAUUUCCUCACCUGGACCUGACACGACACAGUCAUUACCGAAAACCCACAAGGAUGAUAGUAUGCUUUUGUGACUGAGCAAAAGUGGAAAGACAAGAAGCCAUGAUACAAAUUGAUGAACAAAAAUGCCUAGGGCUUCUCAUGUCUUUAUUCUGAAGAGCUUUAAUAUAUACUGUACGUAGUUCAAUAAGCAUUGUAAGUAGAUGGCAUUAAGUGUCGCAUGUUUAUGCCUGAGGAACUUUCCCAGAUGUUUGUGUCUGCAUGUAUGUUUGUACAUAGAAGUCAUAGAUGCAGAAAUGGUUCUGCUGGUACGAUUUGAUUCCUGUUGGAAUGUUUAAAUUACACUAAGUGUACUACUUUAUAUAAUCAGGGAAAUUGCUAGACAUGUUAGCAGGACUUUUCUAGGAAAGACUUAUGUAUAAUUGCUUUUUAAAAUGCAGUGCUUUCUUUAAACCCAGAGGACCUUUGCAGAGGUAGAAACUUUUGCUGGGUUUUCUGUUCAAUAAAGUUUUGCUAUGACUUGCUGUG